AUGGAAGACGUAGCCCUGAAUACAGCGGCGUUGAGUGGAAGUUGUAUCAUAGCGUCCCGUGAUGACUGGCAGUUUUCAAACAAAUUGCUGCGAUUCUCUAGAUUGGACAAAUGUGGUUCGGUCAAUGUAGGCUUGCUGGAUCUUGGACAGCGUGUUGAGGCGCAUGAAGUUGACCAUCGACAUCAUCAGGAUGAGCCAAGCUUUCCUUCAACAGUAAGAGAACGACAGGAAAUGCUGAAAUUUCAAGGGCACCGACAAAACUCUGACUCUAAAAGGGCUGGUUACAAUCACAACAUUUGCAGAUACAUGCCAUUUGCAAAUCAACACUACAAGCCCAUCAUCAUCGCUAAGUGA